AUGGCUUCAGACUUAGUCAGCUCCGCAGAUUCAUGGUCGCAAUCUGCUCAUAGUCUCCUCCAAACGGCCUUCCAAGGACCCACAAUCAUUCUCAAUGAGGUAUUGCUCGACAAGAUCAACGAAAUAUCUCCCUUCGGCGCCGCCAACGCGAUUCUUGACAAUGGCUGUGGGGUUGGCCAGGUUCUCGGCCGACUUAUCGAGAAGUAUGGACAGAAUAUUCCGUCCGGUGCCAGACUGGUUGCUGCGGAUUUGAGUGAAGGCAUGAUAGAGGUCGUUCAGCAAAGAAAAGAAAAGGAGGUGGCAAAAGGAAAUAAUCUAUGGCAGAGGGUUGAGGUCAAGAUGUGGGAUGCAGAGAGUUUAUACGGAGUACCCGACGGGAGCUUCAGUCACGUCUCGGCAGGUCUUUUGUUCUUAAUGCUUGCAAACCCGCAAUGUGCGCUACAGGAGUCUAGACGCGUUUUGCGGGACCAUGGCAUUCUGGCUUUGAGUUCAUUUCGGCAGGUGGAAUGGAUGGACUUCAUUGAGAAUCAUCUCGGUUUGGUGAAGCCUGGUACGACCCUUGGCUCUAUACCGCUAUCUUGGGCGUCAACCAAUUCAACCAUUCAGGAACUAGAGGAUGCAGGGUUCAAAAACGUGUCAGCUGAGGAGGUGCAAGUUUGGUAUGAGUUUGAUGAUGCAGAGCUGAUGACCAGAUUCAACAUGACAAACAUUCCCAGCGUGAAGGCCGCCACAGCUGGAAUGACUGAUGAUGAAGUUGAGAAAGCUGUCCAACUCAUGAUCUUAGAAUUGGGAAGGAGGUUCCCUGAUGGAAAGGGGAGGCUUGGAGGAAUUGCACUUGUUGCUUUUGGAACGAAAUAG